AUGGCUUCGGGGUCAUCUCAAGACUCUGAAGUCGCUACCAUCCUUCAGGAAUCCAGCGGCCAAAACCCACCCAAGCCCCCGUUCGAAGUGGUGAAGCAAUACGAUCCACGGGGUGAAUGGACAUUGCAUCGGCUUGUUCCAUCCACCAGCUUUGUGUGCAGACAGUGCAACAGGCAGAAGAAGGCGAAACUUGUUGCUACACGCCAUAGUCGAUGGGACGACCUU